UUCAAGGAAAAAAAAUCUUAGAAAGAAGAUUGAAAACCAUGAUAGAUCCAUCAAAAACAAUCAAUGAAAUAGAAUCAGCAGAGGAAUAUGAAAAGUUUAUUUCUUUAUAUGGAGAUCAAAUACUUGUAUUAAAUUUUUAUGCAGAUUGGGCAAAUCCAUGUAAAUACAUGAAUAAUGUUUUUAAGGAGCUUUCAAUUAAGUUUUCUAAUAUGAAAUUCGCAAAUGUUAAGGCAGAAGAACUUGAAGAAAUAUCAGAAUCAUUUGGAGUAACAGUUGUGCCAUUUUUUGUGGUUUUGCAAUCAGGAAAAGUAUUGGCAAAGUUAUCGGGAGCAAAUCCAUCAGAAUUAACAGAAAUGAUUACUCGAUUUUCUACUCAAUUAUUUUUACCAUUAGAAAAGCAAGGAUUAACAGUUUCAACACAGGAAGUUGAAGAACAAAAUUUAAAUUUAUCUACAACAUAUGAAAAGGAUCGAAAUAUUGAUUUAACAAGUCGAUUAAAGAAGUUAAUUGAGGCAGAACCUAUUAUGCUUUUUAUGAAAGGAACACCAACAAAUCCUCAGUGUGGAUUCAGUAGACAAAUUGUUGAUAUUCUUAAUCAACAUCAUAUUAGAUAUGGUUUUUUUAAUAUUCUUACGGAUGAAAAGAUCAGAGCUGGAUUGAAAGAAUUUUCAGACUGGCCCACUUAUCCACAAUUAUAUAUUCGAGGAAAUUUUUGUGGAGGACUUGAUAUUGUUCGUGAAAUGUUUAAUACUGGAGAAAUUCAACAACUACUUCAACAAACAGACAUAUUAUCUACUUAG